GGAUGUUCAAUGGUCCUGGAUCUGGAUUGUUGAAACAGAAAAGGAAAAGACAAGAUGGAGUUUUUAGGUAACGUUUUACCAGCAGAUAUUUUGUUGGAGGAUUUAGUUGCAUCUUUAAACAUCAUCUCUACAGGCUGUUCACCUUUGGAUGAAAUUCUUGGCAGAGGUUUAUAUUCUGGAGAAAUAACAGAAAUAUUUGGUUUGUCUGGUGUCGGAAAGUCCCAGUUUUGUUUAAGUAUUGCUACCCAUGUUGCUGACGAACUUGCCAAAAAUGUUUUGUAUGUUGACACGGGAACAGGAUUUAACAGUGAACGAAUUUAUGAAAUUUUGUCUAAAAAGCAUAAUGACACAAAUGUGAUUAAUUUAAAGAAAUGCAUGACAAGAAUACAAUGUGUAAAAACAUUUGAAAUCUUUCAUGCAUUCAUUCUUCUUGAUCAGAUCAAAAAACAACUUUCCUGUGAGGAAAAUUCUUUCUAUAAAGAUGUGGUUCUGCUUGUAUUUGACAGUGUUGACAAUAUUGUCUCACCUGUUCUUGGAGGAUUUGGCCAUGGGUUGAUGAUUCAAUUUGCUCACAGCUUAAAGGGUCUAGCUUAUGAUCAUAAUGUUGCUGUUCUUGUAACAAACAGCGUUAUAUUGGACACAAAAACUAAGGACUACACACGACCUGCAUUGGGUGUAUCCUGGGAACGUAUACCGCACAACAGGAUCUUUUUAAAACAUUGCACGAUGCAGAAAAAGCAGGAAAAUUCUGGUUUCAGAUGGAUAAAACUCGUUAAAAGUUGUAGAAUGCCUUUAAAAGAGAGUGUUGUUGUUUCAAUCUCAGAAUUAGGACUGCAUUAAUUGAUGAUAUGCGCGUUGAUGACAUGUCUGUUGUCUCAGGAAGUUCAUGCAACGUUUGUUUAUCGAGAGUUUUAUUUAUUCAUUUAUUUUUGUGUUUCUAAUUUGAGUAAUUUUCCCAGUGUUCAUGUUUUAUUCUGUACAGAAUGUUCUUUUGAAAUAUACAAAUA